AUGGAAGUCGCAACGGCGAUCUCGACGCAGACAGAAGGCGCGCCACAGCCAUCCGGGGAAGGAGGGACCGUCAACGGCCCAACUCGGAUUGCCCACACACUGACAGCGUGUUGUCGCUGCCGAACGCGCAAGACGCGAUGCGACCCAGGCCUUCCCCGCUGCGGGCCCUGUGAGCGUACCAACUCGCACUGCGAAUACUACGAUCCUACCAAGGGCAGGAAGAUAGCCCGCAACUACGUGGUCCAUCUGCAGCAAAAAGUGCGCGGCCUCGAGCAGCAGCUGGCCGAGCUGGACAGAGACGAUGUCGAGCCAGACGCAGAGGAUGUCGUGCGUGGCGCCUCGGCCGUGCGCGUCCAGGAUUCAGACGAGUCCAAAUUCCUAGGGCCCUCGAGUGGCAUCACCAUCACGCGCCUGGUCAUGCAGUUGGCCAAGCAGUUCACCGAGUCCAAGAGCAUCUCCGAGAUUGUCCCCCACUCGCGCCAGAAGUCGAUCAAGGCCCAGUUUGCGCUCGAAGAUGCGCGACCCACGUCCAAGAUCUAUCCGCUCGUGAGCCACGUUGCGGCCACUGAGCUGCCCAAUCGCGACCUGACCAAUCUGCUCCACAAUGCUAACCGGCCCCUCACAGUGCAUCCCAUGUACCCCAUCUUCCACGAGCCCACCUUCACGACCGUUGUCGAGCAUGUCUUCAAUGGCUCGACCGAUCCCUACCAAAACUAUUGCCUGCGCAUGGUCAUUGCCAUCAGUCUGCAGAAAAUGGACCCACAAUACGCUGGCUUGGCCGACAGCUACUACCUCGCCGCCCUGACCUACUUCGAGGCCUCGAUCAAGCCAAUGAACCUCAAGACGCUGCAGUGCUUUGCCCUGGUGGCAGGCUACUCGCUUCUCACGCCGACGAGGACAGCUGUCUACUACAUCAUGGGUCUGGCCGUGCGCCUCUGUCAGGCAUUGGGCUUGCACGAGGAGAAGACCAUUACCCUGGGACCGGGCGGCUGUCCUGCAGAUCCGCUCGAGGUCGACAUGCGCAGGCGAUUAUUCUGGAGCAUACUCACCAUGGAUUACGGCCUGUCGCACAGCCUUGGCAGGCCGGCCCACUUUGCUACCCGACGGGAGCACAUUGAUGUCAAUUUUGGUGAGCUGGUAGACGACGUGUACAUCACGAGGGAGGGCAUCAGACCUGCACCGCAAGCCUCGCUGAAGAAAUGGAUUGGUAUCCACUUUUACAAGAUGCGCCUGCUCCAACUGGAAAUCCGCAAAAUGCUGUACCAGCGGAAGAAGGCAGAGCCCAGAGACGACCAGCACCCCUGGUUCAGCGAGAUGCUGGCAAAGAUGGAGGCCUGGCGCGACACCAGUCCGGAGAUGGAUGGUGGUUCCGGCUUGAACAAAAUCUGGUUCAUUGGCCGGUUCAACACCAUGAUUGUGUUCCUGUACCGCCCGUCUCCCCAAGUACCUCGGCCCUCCGUUCAGGCUGCUAUUCGCUGCUUUGAUGCAUGCAAAUACAACAUCUCCAUGAGCAUGAAGCAGAUUGAGACGAGGAGCGUGGACAUGACGUGGAUCUUUGUCCAGUCCAUCUUCAUGUGCAUCAACACAAUGCUGUGGACUUUGUCGUAUUCCGAGGUACGCAGAUGUCAUAGUCGCGAAGAGGUCGAGGGUCAUUUGAGCGUUGCCAUGGACUCGAUCAGGCUGGCUUCGGAGCGUUGGCCCGGUGUGGCGUCUGCCAUGGAGCUCUACUACAAUCUGACAGGUGCCUGCAUGAAGAUCUUUGAAAAGGACGGUGACGUGCCCAUUACUGCCGGAUCGCCCUCGGACACGGCUUCAGUCAUCUCUGGAAGUAUUGUAGAUGGCAUCAACCGGUCUCGUACAACAAGCCCAGCUACGGCAUCUACAGCAUCGGUUGCCACGCCUUCGGAACAAGCUCCUGUACCCUUUGGCUACCUCGCUGAUCAAAGUCAGAACCAGCCGUUGUUCAAUUACAAUAGCAGCCAAGCUAAUGGACCGAGCUCAUUUUCCCAUUCUUCCAACUCGCAAAACGCAUCGCAACAAAUGCCCUCGCAGCCGCCUCCUCAGAUCUCGUACACGGACGUAAGGCCAAAGACCUCCAUGGACGCCCGCAUACCCAUGUACGGCUAUGCUCCCACCACUCAAAUGUCGUCUCUUCCAACCACAUUUGCAGAGCUUCCCCACUGGAACCCAACCUUUUCCAUGCCACCGCAAGAGCGGUACUGCGUACCGACGAUGCCACUUGCCUAUCCCUUUUACAAUGAAGCCUAUGCGGCGAACCAAGGCUACGAAGUUGCAGACUACCUCAACCCCGGAUGGAGUCAAGAUGCCCGAGGCAAUGGGCUCAAUCAGGAGCAGCAGAUGCAAUUGAUGCACGACUUUGAGAUGAACGAGAUGAAGAACAUUGAAGAGAUGAUUCAGCAAAGUCACCAACUCUUUCGACCACCGCAGCUGCAAACCUUUUGA